AUGUGCCGGGGGCUGCGCGGGGCCGGCGGCCGCGGGGAGGAGCCGCCGCCGUUGGGAAGCCAUGAGUCACCGGCCCGCCUCCCGCCCGCCUCCCCGGCAGCGCCGGCAGCGCCCGCACCGGCACCGGGGGCAGGGACCCGCAUCCCACCGGCACCGGCACCGGGGGCAGGGACCCGCAUCGCACCGGCACCGGGGGCAGGGACCGGCAUCGCAUCGGCACCGGUACCGAGGGCAGGGACCCGCAUCGCACCGGCACCGGCACCGGGGGCAGGGACCCGCAUCUCACCGGCACCGGGGGCAGGGACCCGCAUCCCACCGGCACCGGGGGAUGGGACCCGCAUCCCACCGGCACCGGGGGCAGGGACCCGCAUCCCACCGGCACCGGCACCGGGGGCAGGGACCCGCAUCCCACCGGCACCGGGGGCAGGGACCCGCAUCCCACCGGCACCGGCACCGGGGGCAGGGACCCGCGUCCCACCGGCACCGGCACCGGGGGAAGGGACCCGCGUCCCACCGGCGCCGGCAUCCCGGGGAAGGGGACCUACAUCCUACCGGGACCGACCUUCCAGACCGGGGAUUGCAUCCUGCCGGCACCGGCACCGCGUGCAGGGGAUCCGCAUCCCACCGGGACUGGCAUCGCUCUCCGGGCGGGACCCGCACCGAGACCCGCACCGGUAUCGGCGGACCCGCUCCCCGCCCGCACCGGGACCCCAGGCUGCCGGCGCCAGACCGGGAUCGUAUCCUGGGCAGUGGGUCCGCACCGGGAUGGGGCAUUCCAUCCACCCCCGACCCGCACCGGCAUCCCGGGCAAGGGAGCCCCGCCCGACCGGCACCGGGACCCGGCUCUGCCGCACCGGCUGUCGAUGCCUCCCCCACCCAUUCCCGGAGCCCCUCAGCCACUCCCGAGCAGCCGCCCCGCACCGAGAUCCCCCCUCCGCACCUGCUGCUGGUGCCUCCUGCCCGGAUACCUUCCCCAUCCAUUCCUGGAAGCACAAAGCCAUCCCAGAGGAUCCGCACCGGGAGAGGGAGCGCCCCCGCCGCACCUGCAGCUGA